AGGGCGGGUUUCGCUGGUACCUCAGAUCUCAUACUGGAUUUACCGGACUGCACCUGUGAGGAGCCGGAUUUGUUUCUGUGCGUCGGGAGGAACGACAGGAGGGCCCGCAGCAGCACGGCAGCCAGGAGCCUGUACGAGGACCACACCAUUACCGCUGCAGCCCCUCAGCAGCUUUACGCUCGAGAGCAGAGGAGGGAGCUGCCAGGCUGUCAGACCUCCAGCGGAUAUUUUUACCCGCAGUGCCUCAGACAAGCAGCCGACCGAGGAGCACAAUGUCCAGGCAACAGCAGCAGCAGCAGCGGACUUCGUUCAGACUGUCGGACAACCUGGUGGAGGUCAAGAGCAAAUUUGAUGCAGAAUAUCGUCGUUUUGCUUUGAAGAGAAAUGGUCCAGGGGGCUUCAAAGAGUUCUACCGCCUCCUCCAAACGAUCCAUCACAUCCCUGGUGUUGAUGUGCUGCUAGGAUAUGCAGAUGUCCACGGGGACCUCCUUCCAAUCAACAAUGAUGAAAAUUACCACAAAGCCAUUGCAUCAGCCAAUCCGCUGCUCCGCAUCAUUAUAACCAAGAGAGAGGAUGAACCUAUCAUUUUUGGCACCAACUCCCUUCAGAGGCGUAGAAAGGGGCUGGGCUUAACGAGCCUGCGCACCACUGGCUCAGGCUCCACCCACUCAAAGAACAGAUCUGGCCUCAUGAUUGGACCGCCAAAGAACUUCAGACAGAUUUCUUCAAUCAUCGACGUGGACAUUUUGCCUGAGACACAUCGACGAGUACGACUUCACAAGCAUGGCACUCAAAAACCACUUGGGUUCUAUAUACGUGAUGGCGUGAGCGUGCGGGUGACACCGCAGGGCGUAGAGAAGGUUCCAGGGGUGUUCAUAUCUCGUCUUGUGCGUGGUGGGUUAGCAGAAAGCACUGGGCUGUUGGGUGUUAAUGACGAGAUCCUCGAGGUGAAUGGCAUCGAUGUAGCAGGAAAAUCUUUGGAUCAGGUCACAGACAUGAUGGUGGCAAAUAGUCACAACCUUAUUGUCACCGUAAAGCCAGCUAACCAGAGGAACAAUGUUACACAUCGUAGCAGUAAAACCUCUGUAGGUAACUCGGGUUCUCUGGGCUCAGUUGGAUCUACAGGCUCUGCCGUGUCACAUGACUCACAAAGCCCCGCCUCUCUGAGCAAUCCCAUCACUGCAAGCAACAGCAUUGCUGAGGGUGACAGUGAUGAUGGUGGUGAUGAUGAGGAUGAAGGGGACCUCAUUCUGGAGAAUGACUGCCUGACACCCUACGACUCCCACCGGGUCACUAACAGCACCACUAUGCCGGACAGAGACUCACUUAGCAAUGGGCCACAUAGCUACACCGUGGGUAGGCCCCUCCCACAGAGUGUCUCAUUGCCCAGUAAUGUCGGAGCAUCACUGAGAGACAGCGCCAUGAUGAUCUCCAGCCACAACGGAAACUCCACCCACACAACUAGUAGCAGUGAAGAGAGCAUGAGAGAAGAUGGCAACAUAACAGCACUGUAACCACGACAGCACUGUUCCAUUGAGGACUAUGAAUGUUAGCGCAACAGUGCUGAAACCUCGGCAAAUACAGGGGGCUGUGGUCCUGUUAGAUAACAGACUUCUAAAAGAGGAGGGAGCUGACGUAUGAAGCACUGACAGGACCUCGGAGGGACCAUUCACAGUCUUCUGCUAGUUUACACUUUACCUCUUUCCCGCCUUGGUGGAUUGUUGGCUUUUACUGUAUGAAGGCAUAGGAACACUGUAUACGAUGCAACGUAUGGCUGAAGUUUUCAGCUUUGUCAGGUUCUAUAAACAACAGUAAUUAUAUCAUUUUUAAAAAAUAUUAUAUUAUGGAAAUGUUUAAAUACCAUAAUGUAUUAACAGAUUAAUAUUGAACAUUUAAUUAAAAAAUUAAAUAGCUAUAAAUCCUCUUGUAAAAGCCAUAAGUCACUUUGAUGUCAGUGUAUUUAAAAAAAUGUCUGCCAACCUAUAGCUGACUCUCAUGUUUUAUUUUUGCGGCACCACAACAACCAGUGCAAGUAGCACUACGUCACUUUGGCAUCUCUAACUGUGAAACUUUGUGUCUGUGUAGUAAUCUUAAUGCUUAGUGUGGCAAACAUGGCGGGUACACAUGAAAGCUUCAUGAAAUGAGGCAAAGUGAAGAAAGUUGUUUCGGCAUUUGGGUAACUGGGUCUUAGAAUGCCGACAUCUCAGAAUUACAGGUAGUUCUGGCUCCGCUUCUCUCUCUGCUGGAUCUUUGUCAAAAGCUUUUAAUACUUCAGGAAAAGCACAGCAGUAAAUGAACAAAGGUACCAUGUAUUUUAACCCAUUACUACUUACGUUACAUUGAUUACAUUUAAAUAAAAGUUUACUGUGAUUUAAAGCAGAAGCAUCAGUAAGUCAGUCUGUUUUUAUGAGUGGUUCUGACAGUACCCAUUGUCCACAGCUGAAAGUCUUCAAAUCCCUGCAGCAUUUGAAGAAAAAUAAAAUCCUGUUUCCUCACAAUGGGAGUUGUGAUGUGAUUUGCUAAAAGUAGUAGAUGCGGCAGCUCUGGUGCAAGUGAGUUUAUUAAUCAAAUGUAGGUACAACAGAGAAGGCAAGGGUGAGCAUGAAACUAAGAAAACCUAAACUGGGAAAAACUAACAGAAACUAACCAGAAACAGAGAUGCAGGGAGUCACAGGGAAAUACGCAGAAUGACGGACGGCGAUUACGCAGACCAUAACAUACCAAAUAACACAGACGAACCAGCAACAAGCAGGAGAACACACAGGGCUUAAAUACACACAGCAGUAAUCAGGGGAUGGGAGACAAGAGGGAAACACACCUGGGAGAAAUCACAACUGACGAGGCGGGGAAACGUAAACUGAACACACUGAGAUCAGACACGGACCUUCAAAGUAAAACAGGAAACACACACGCAAAGACACAGACUCAGAAACGCGAACUAAACACAGAGACCUUACUACACAAAAGGGGAUACACAGGCAGGGAUGAUACCAAACAGAGGGAACACAACUAAACCCUGGGAAACCAAAACACAACAGUCAUAAUACAUAAAACUAUCAAAAGUAAAAGUACAACAACCACUGACAAAGGACCAUGACAGUUUGAGUAUGCACACAAGACAAAUUAUUUAGCACUUGUUGUUGUACUGAUCAAAUAGUGACCCAAUUGUACUAUAAAGCACCAAAUUUUAACAAAUAAAUUUUAUUGGUGAACAAUUGGUUAAAAAAAGGAACACCAAGGGGAAAUUCAUAAUAAUUUCUUGCAAUUAUUCACAUCUUCAUGUUCACAACUGGCUGAUUUAAAGUUUCACGUUUAAUUGUUUGUUGUUGUUUUUUUUUAUUUUAAACUAAAACCAAAAGAAAUUAAAACUUUUGUUCCCAAUCAUGUGUUACUGAAAAAUGUGUGGCCAGUCGGUUGUCACAUUGCUUGUUACUGGCACAUUAAUGAGAACUGUAGAGUUGUGUUAAUAUCACACAUUUGACCUGACAAACUUGUUCUUUUUUUUUUUUUUUACUGGUGAAUUUGUGGACCCAACAUAAAACUUUGAG